UUUUUUCAAACUUGAACCGCCAGAGAGGAGUUGUGAGGAUUUGUGACACGUUUGUUUCCCCACUUUGGGGCAUCCUGGGCUUUUUUUCUUUCUUUUUUGACAACAAAGCAUACUAGCGCAUGUCACGUGACGCUAGCCGCGCUCUGACCUCAAAAGGGACGCAAACAGGAAGUGUCGGUCAGGGUUUGGUGCUCUGGAAUGUUCCAGAUGCGCCGCAUUCCGGUCUGGACCGAACCGCCCGCGCCGCGUUUGUGUGUGUGUGUGUGUGGGGGGGGGUGACCUAGUGGAAUAUGAAUACAGAAAUAUGGAAUGUUCACGUUUCAACCGUCAGGAAAACAACAGUCGCCGCUUGAUGAGGUCACAAUGGUGGCUGUGUCCUCUUCCCGGCACCCACAAUCGCCACAAACGCGCCCCCCACCACCACCCCCCCUCCACGUGUGUCUAAUAUCCAAGUUACGACUCGAUUAGACAGAGUCGCUGUGUUUGGAAAUGGAAAGCGCAAAUUCAGAGCGUCCCUGAAGGCCACUUGAUGGAUGAAGCCCGCCCCCAAGGAGCUGCGCGUGCACAUCACGGUGCGCACGCACGCGCUCUCCCUGGCAGGCGGAGGAUGAGGAUGAGGAUGAGGAUGAGGAUGAAGAAGAAGAAGACGGCGCAGGACUGAGAGACGAAGUGGUCGCGUGGUCCUCGCAGCUGAUUGGACGCCGAGGUUGAGGAUUGCGACUUCCCGGAGCCGAGAUGCCGCUGCUGCCAUUGGUCCUCAUGUUGCUACUUCCUGUCGCCAGGCCACGCCCCUCCGCCCCCCUCGACAGCUCGGACGCAGUGGCCGCGGCGACCGUGUCGUCUGAGGAUGAGGAUGACGGUGAAGAUGAUGAUGAUGACGAAAAUGAAGAUGACGCGGCGCCGUCGUCGUCGGAGGAAGGCAAACUGGCAAAUGACGACGUGACAAAAAGCGACGAAAGCAGACGACGACAACCGUCGUCGCUGGCGUCUCCUCCUCGCUGGUCGUCUCCGGACAAGAUGAGGCGGACGCUGUACGCGCUUCCCGCCGGCGGGACGCUGAAGUUCCGAUGCCCGGCGACGGGGAGCCCCGCCCCCGCGCUCGACUGGUACAAGAACGGAAACGACGUCAGACGACAGCAACGAAUCGGCGGCUACAAGAUCCGAGAACCCGCGUGGACGCUCGCGCUGGAGACGCUGCUGCCCUCGGACAAAGGAAACUACACGUGCGUGGCGCGCAACGUCCACGGACGCAUUCAACACGGCUUCACGCUCGACGUCAUCGAACGCUCCGCUCACAGGCCCAUCCUCCAAGCGGGCCUUCCGGCCAACCAGACGGCGGUGGCGGGCGGCGACGCGCGCUUCACGUGUCGCGUGUUCAGCGACUCGCAGCCUCACGUGCAGUGGAUCAAGGCCGCCGACGACGACGCCGACGCCCGGCCCGACGGACCCCGCGGGCGUCCCGGCGGCCUCGUGCUGAAGGCGAGCGUCAACGUGUCGGAAGACGACCUGGAGAUCCUCACGCUGAGCAACGUUAGCGCCGCGGAUGCCGGCGAAUACGCUUGCGUGGCCGCCAACUCCAUCGGCGUCUCGCACCAGUCGGCCUGGCUCACCGUGCUGGAGGGCCCACCCCCCGGCACGCCCCUUCCCCACAGCUACGCUCACAUCUUCUUCUACUGCCUCGGCUUCUUCAUCGCGGUGACGCUGACCUUCGCCGCCGUCAUCUGCAAGCUGUGCGCCGCCGCCCCCAGGAAGGGCGUCGCGCCAAGGAGCCCGCUGGCGGUGCACAAACUCGCCAAGAGCGUCGCGCUCAGGAGACAGGUGUCUCUGGGGUCGUCGCGGUCCGCUCGGUCGGGUUUCCCUUCCGCGCGUCCGUCUUGUCCCUCGGGCGGGACCGUCGCGUCUCCGGACUACGCCCUGCCGUACGAUCCUCAGUGGGAACUUCCUCGUGAAACGCUGACGUUGGGCAAGCCGCUGGGCGAGGGCUGCUUCGGGCAGGUGGCCUUGGCGGAGGUCGUCGGCCUGGACAAGGAGCGUCCGGCGUGCGUCACCAAGGUGGCGGUGAAGACGGUGAAAGCCGACGCCGGCGAGAAGGACCUGAUGGACCUCGUCUCGGAGAUGGAGAUGAUGAAGAUGGUCGGUCGCCACAAGAACAUCAUCAACCUGAUCGGCGCCUGCACGCGUGACGGGCCCCUGUACGUGGUGGUGGAGUACGCCGCCCGGGGUAACCUCAGGCAGCACCUCCGUGCGCGUCGCCCGCCCGACUCCGAGUACUGGCGCCGCUCGGCUGACGGGCUGCCGGCCGGCGUGGACCUCCAAGAGCUGGUGUCGGCGGCAUACCAGGUGGGCCGAGGAAUGGCGUACCUGGCGUCGAAGAAGUGCGUCCACAGAGACUUGGCGGCCCGUAAUGUUCUAGUCACACACGACCUCGUCAUGAAGAUCGCAGACUUUGGCUUAGCCAGAGAUGUGCACCACAUGGACUACUACAAGAAGACCACCAACGGUCCUUUGCCAGUCAAGUGGAUGGCGCCCGAAGCUCUAUUUGACCGUGUCUACACGCACCAGAGCGACGUGUGGUCUUUCGGCAUCCUGCUGUGGGAAAUCUUCACGCUGGGAGCGUCUCCGUAUCCCGGCGUCCCCGUGGAGGAUCUCUUCAAACUUCUGAAGGAAGGUCACCGCCUGGACAAACCUUCGGCCUGCACGCAACAGCUCUACGCCAUGAUGCAAGACUGCUGGGACGCCGCCCCCUCGCACCGGCCCACCUUCCCCGCGCUCGUCAGCCGGUUGGACGCCGCGCUCGCCGCGCUCGCCAACCAGGACUACCUGGACCUGUCCAACCCCCUUAUCCAGAAUCGUCCUCUGUGCUAGCCGCUCUCCCGGGUCGUUUUCGUGAUCAUCGUCAUCCAGGAAGUGGCGCUACUAAUCAGGAAGUACAUGAGUUGCGUUCGUUCUGU